CCAUGGCUUUUCUUUCUUUGACCCGAUUGCCAACAAUUGCCUCUCUCCCCAUCCACUCAUGUACGACAAUUUCAUCCUGUUCAAGAUCUUGAAGCAUCCCACUCUGUUUGUUUCUUCAUAACCGAGGUUUCCUAUACGUAAAUCUGCAAUAUAAUGGCUCGUAUCUGGAUGAUAAUGACACUGAAUAGCCGAACGAUUAUUGGUUUGUGUCUCUUAAUCGUACUUAUAUCCGUCAGUUGCAGCAAUGCUGUUCAAAGUGAUAUUGAUUGCUUGAGAUCCAUCAAAGCAUCACUCGAAGAUCCCGAAGACCUGUUAUCUUCGUGGGAUUUCAAUAACGUUACCGAAGGGUUCAUCUGUAGAUUUACGGGUGUUGAUUGUUGGCAUCCCGAUGAAAGCAAAGUUCUAAAUAUCCGCCUUUCGGAUAUGGGGUUGAAAGGCGGGAUACCCGCUGGACUCAAGAACUGCACCUCGAUGACGGGAUUAGAUCUGUCGAGUAACAAUUUGAACGGGCCGCUCCCUUCUAACAUGUCGAAUGUUCUUCCUUUUCUAACGUCUCUUGAUCUGUCAUCCAACAACUUCUCCGGCGAGAUCCCGGCGAGCAUUGUAAAUUGUUCGUUUCUUAACGUUCUUAGGCUCGAAAACAACCAUUUUACGGGCCAGAUUCCUCUGGAAUUGGGCGGACUUAAUCGAAUUAAGGAGUUCAACGUUGCUAAUAAUGGAUUAUGGGGACAGGUUCCGACAUUUAUAAAUUCUACUUUCACGCAAGAGAACUAUGCUGGAAAUCCUGGGUUAUGUGGACGUCCGCUGGAUCCUUGUGAAGCGGGAUCGAAGAAAACCCACACGGGGGUGAUCGUUGGGGCCGCAAUUGGCGGUGCCACCAUUGCUGCGUUGGUUGUAGGUGUUAGUAUGGUGUUCCUUAUGCGUAAGGUCGUUAGAAAGAAAGAAGAAGAUCCAGAUGGAAAUAAAUGGGCUAGAAGUAUCAAAGGAGCGAAAACGAUCAAGCUAUCGAUGUUUGAAAAUCCGGUUUCGAAGAUGAGACUGAGUGAUCUCAUGAAGGCUACCAACAGCUUUAGCAAAGACAACAUCAUUGGAUCAGGAAGAACAGGUUCGUUAUACAAAGCAACGCUCGAAGAUGGAAGUUCGCUCAUGAUCAAACGAUUGCAAGACACUCAGCAUUCGGAGAAGGAAUUCGCGUCGGAAAUGUCGACGCUCGGAAACGUGAAGCACCGAAACCUCGUUCCGCUUCUCGGGUUUUGUGUCACGAAACAGGAACGGCUUUUAGUUUACAGAUACAUGCCGAAUGGGACUCUACAUGAUAAGUUGCAUCUCAUGGGUGAUGAUGGAAAACGGUUGGAAUGGCGGUUACGGUUAAAAGUUGGGAUUGGUGCUGCCAAAGGGUUUGCGUGGCUCCAUCAUAACUGCAACCCUCGGAUCAUCCAUCGGAACAUAAGCUCGAAAUGCAUCUUAUUGGACGGAGACUUCGAGCCGAGAAUCUCCGAUUUUGGACUUGCGAGGCUUAUGAACCCGGUCGACACUCAUUUGAGCACUUUCGUGAAUGGCGAGUUCGGCGAUAUUGGAUACGUUGCACCCGAAUACGCACGAACCCUCGUGGCCACCCCGAAAGGCGACGUUUAUAGCUUCGGGGUGGUGCUUCUCGAGUUAGUAACCGGCGAGAAACCGACCCGUGUAGCUAAAGCUCCCGAAACCUUCAAGGGUAAUUUGGUCGAAUGGAUUUCCAUUCUUUCCACAGAAUCAAAGCUUCAAGAUUCGAUCGACGAAGCGCUAGUUGGAAAGGGAUACGAUAACGAGGUAUUUCAGGUCCUUAAAGUCGCGUGUAGCUGCGUGUUGCCCGCUCACAAGGAGCGGCCAACGAUGUUCGAAGUGUACCAGCUUUUACGGGCAAUCGGCCAACAUUACCACUUCACUACCGAUGACGAGAUUUUGAUGCCGACCAACUAUGCCAAUACGGAUGACAUAGAAUUAAUCGUUUCUCGCGAUGUACGUGAACAUCACUGAUCGAUAAGGUAUGUAUAAGCGAUCGUGUAAGCUAUAUGUAAUUAUCUGUUCUUCGUCGUGCUUGAAUAAAUGUUAUAGCGUAUACGCAUAUAUAUAUAUAUAUCGGUGGAAGAACCAUAAGUUUU